CAGUGACCCCAGCCCAACCAAACAGCGGCCCGUCAUUUGCCGCGAGCCCUGCGGUUUCGCCGGCGACCUAAACCCUCCGCCUCCGCCGUCGCCGUCGCCGCCGCCGGGGGGAGGGGAAGAGAUGGGCGUGGGGGGAAGCUUCUGGGACCUGCUCAAGCCGUACGCGCGGCACGAGGGGGCGGGGUACCUCCGCGACCGCCGCGUCGCCGUUGACCUCUCCUUCUGGGUCGUCUCCCACAGCACCGCCAUCCGGGCGCGGUCGCCGCACGCGCGGGUGCCCCACCUCCGCACCCUCUUCUUCCGCACCCUCUCCCUCUUCUCCAAGAUGGGUGCUUAUCCUGUGUUCGUGGUGGACGGCGAGCCGUCGCCGCUCAAGUCACAGGCAAGGGCCGCGCGAUUCUUCAGAGGAUCUGGAAUGGACCUGGCUACGCUGCCAAGCACGGAGGGGGAGGCCAAUGCCGACUCGCCGGUUCAACCAAGGAAUGCCAAGUUUACCCGAUACGUGAAGGAGUGCGUGGAACUGCUUGAAUAUCUUGGAAUGCCUGUACUGCGGGCAAAAGGCGAAGGUGAAGCUCUUUGUGCUCAGUUGAAUAAUGAAGGUCAUGUGGACGCUUGCAUCACUUCAGACAGUGACGCUUUCCUCUUUGGGGCUAAGACUGUCAUAAAGGUCCUCCGGUCGAAUUGUAAGGAACCCUUUGAGUGCUACAACAUGACAGACAUUGAGUCUGGUCUGGGACUAAAGAGGAAACAAAUGGUAGCAAUGGCACUUCUUGUUGGCAGUGACCAUGACUUGCAUGGUGUACCUGGUUUUGGUCCUGAGACUGCACUUCGGUUUGUGCAGUUAUUUGAUGAAGAUACUGUCCUAGAUAAAUUAUAUGAAAUUGGUAAAGGGGUCUAUCCAUUUAUAGAAGGAGUUACUGCACCCAAUAUUGAUGAUCUCCCAUCACCCUCAACGAAGAGUUUACCGCGUGUGCCGCACUGCUCACAUUGUGGUCACCCUGGUAACAAGAAAAACCAUAUCAAGUCUGGGUGCAACUUUUGCUUGGUGGAUUCAUUAGAGAAUUGUGUGGAGAAGCCAACUGGAUUCAUAUGUGAAUGUCCUAGUUGUGACAAGGCACGUGAUUUGAAGGAGCGGAGGAGAAAUGAAAACUGGCAAAUCAAGGUCUGCAAAAGGAUAGCUGCUGAGACAAACUUUCCAAAUGAGGAGAUCAUUAAAUUGUAUUUGAGUGGUAACAAUUUGGAUGAUGAAAAUGGUGUUCUAUCACUUAAAUGGAAUAAACCUGAUGUGGAGGUUUUGGUUGACUUCUUAUCUUUCAAGCAGAACUGGGAGCCAGCAUAUAUUCGUCAGCGGAUGCUUCCUAUGCUAUCAACCAUAUAUUUACGUGAAAUGGCUUCAUCUCCAUCUAAAUCAUUUCUUUAUGAUCAAUAUGAAUUUCACUCAAUCCAACGGAUUAAGAUAAGAUAUGGUCACCCAUAUUACUUGGUCAAAUGGAAGAGAUUCACUCGUAGUAGGAUAUCCAAUGAUUCACCUAGCAAGCAGACAGAAUUGGAAGGGAAGAAUGAUAAGAUGGUGGUAUUGGAUGGAGAUGAUGAGGUAGUAUUUUCCGAUGAAGAUGAGGAGGUUACAAUGAGUUCCCCAUCUACUGAACUGCUAGAUGAGCCAGAUGUUCCACAAGUACUCGAUGAUUAUAAAAACUACUUUUUGCUAACUGAUGAAGACAUUCAGCUAGUGAAUGCCGCGUUUCCUGAUGAAGCACAAAGGUUUCAGGAAGAACAGAGGAUGAAAGAAGCAAAGUCAAGAGCACAAAAAUCCAAGCUCAGCUUGGCAGGUUUUGAAACUCCGAAAGGUCCAAGGCCUAGUGCUGGAGUUCAACUUAACAUCAAGGAGUUCUACCGCUCGAAGAAAGGGCCGGGCAGCGAUUCUGGGAAGGACGGCUCAAGAAAAUCCUCUGAUGUGGACCUCAGCAAGAACUUGCCCAAGAAUGUUCGGCGAUGCCUCCUCUUCGACUGACAACUGGUCUGCCUUCUGUCUUCCUAGUAGUCUUGCUCUACUGUUGUACAUGUUGCAGUAACAUUCCUUAUUUCCUUUUGGCCCAUGGAUGUACAUUAUCGUGGCCAGUUUUUGUAUAGGGAAAACAUACAUGUCUUUCAUCUGAUGGAAAACAGUUUCAGUUGAAUCUUAAUAGUAUCUGCCUGUUUCAUGCCAUGGCAUCACUGCUUGCGUAGCAUGGCAAAAACUAUUGCAGCACGUGAGAAUUGAACCUGAAAUGAA